CGAACUGCCAUGUACAGUGGUUCUGUUUUUCUGUGGAAGAUUACACGCCCGGCAUGACAUACCGCUUCAAUAUCCUCAAUAUGGAGAAACCCAGCUCGACCUUCAAUGAGGGUCAACAGCCCCUCAUGUUGUUGGUUGAGAAUGAAUCGUCGGGAACGAAGGCGUCGGGCCUUCCGCGGUGGACGCGCUGCGGACAGGACAUCUUUUAUUAUAGAAACCUGUACCAACGCCCAGAACGUUGCACCACGACCGCCAGUGAAAUGGUGGAAACAAAUGGGAUAGGAACGGCUAAAAAUCAUGACUGCAGCGAGCGCACAUCAAACAGCGGGCAACGGGGGUUAAAAAAGAGCAAAAAAGUUUCCAAAUCAAAGCCUUCUGGGAGUGAAAAAAGUAAAGGGGUUGCCUUUUGUUACACAUUGAGCUUUUCAGUUGUGUUUCCAGAGAAAAAGGGACGUGUAUUUUUGGCAAAUUGUUUCCCAUAUACGUACUCGAACCUGCUAGAAGACUUACGUCAGUGGGAGCAGCAGGCGGCAGCAACCCUUGGUGCCUCGGUUGUGGUGGCGGUACAACAACUCUGUUGUACGCCUGGUGGGCUUCCGGUUCCUAUUUUAACCCUGACAGCAAGGAAUCCGGUGGAUGAGGAUGCUGGCAGCAGUGAGGAGAAGAGUACGGGUGACGAGACAGGCGCUGCGGCUUCAACAGGGAUUGAGAAGCGUCCGGUAUGUAUUGUAACAUCCCGAGUUCAUCCUGGAGAGAGUAACGCUAGUUGGAUGUUGCGAGGACUGCUGACUUUUCUUCUUGGCGAUGACGAGGAAGCACAGGCGUUACGAAACGGCUUUGUGUGGAAGAUUAUCCCCAUGCUGAAUCCCGAUGGUGUGGUGCUCGGAAACCAUCGUUGCUCACUGGGAGGAGCAGACCUAAACCGGGACUAUGCGGAUCCAAAACCGUGGAACAAUCCUGUGAUUUAUUCGCUGAAACAACUUACUUAUCACAUCAUUCAUCGAGAACAACGCCACGUGGCCCUUUUUUCCGAUCUUCACGGACAUUCACGUGCCAAAAACUUUCUUAUCUACGGAUGCACACGCCGCGCUGAGGUACAGGAGAGUAAAUCCGCCGCCAAGAGAUCAACGGCAACAGUGCCAUCUUCAGCAGCAGCAUUCCCUCCUAGCAAUUGCGCAUUAGAUAGUCGUCGUCAAAUGUCGACCAGCGCAGCUUCUGCGGUUUCUGCUGUUUCUGCCUCUUCUUCUGUGGAAAAAAUUCUUCCGUGUUUUUUGAGUGUUCUUUCCCCCGCCUUUGCGAUGUCACAGUGUUCGUUUACGGUGCAUAAGAGCAAGCGGAAUACAGGACGGGUUGUAAUGUAUCGGGAGUUUGGGAUACGCAUGAGUUAUACACUGGAGGCAACCAUGAUGGGCGGGAAAGAUGGACUUUUUUUUCAAAAUACAGGCGUUUUUUUGAAAAAGCCAACAGGAGAUGUGCUUGGACUGCGGCAAGAAGUUGGAGGUGAAGAACUGGGAAGCGAUGAGAAAAUAAAGGCAUCCAUGGAAGAACCAUGGCCCAAGGAGGUCUCUUACACCACUCUUCAGUAUGAACAUAUGGGGGCGUUGCUGGUUCGCGGCCUCCAUCUCCUCACAGUCAACAGUGAAGGCCCGAGCGCCGUCAAAAAGGAGACAAUUGAGCGUGCAUGGUCGCUGAUAUCUGCAACUCUCGGAAAUUUAGAUGCACCCAAUGCUCCAAGCUUAACGGUCAUGGGCGGUUCGUAUGCGCUUUCAACGCGGAAGAAGCGUCGUCUGGAGGCAAAGAAGGUAAGGAAAGAGAAGACGACUGCUACUUCCACGUUGCUGUCGAUAGAGCAGCGAAGAGAGCUACUGCGCACGCUAUUUGUUCGGCCAAAGGUGCCAUAUGCGCAACCGAUGGAUAUCGGACCCGUUUUCUUGGGAAGUGACAGUGACGAUGAGGAGUCAGAGACCUCGGAAAGUGAGAAUGAAGAUGACAUGGAAGAAAAAGAAAAUGUGUCUCGACAAGAAAGUGAUGGUGAUGAUGAAACUGACGGAGUUGAUGAUGACAAUGACGACGACGACGACGACGACGAUGACGAUGAUGAUGAUGAUGGUGCAUACGAGGAUGAGGAACUUACGUCCUCUGAGGUUGAUGGGACCUACUUCCAAGAGUAA